CAUCACUGACAGCUAAUUUCUACACCAAAUUAACGAGAUACUGUAUGCAUGCAUCUGCAUGACAGUAGCUGGGCUUUGCAUGAAUCGGCCGUGCGCCAUGCAAAUGCAGUCGGAUCGGCCAACUCUGCUACUCUAGUCCUCGCAAUCAGGCAUCAGCUGGUGUUUCCAACACACAAAAAGCCCCAGAUCUGAUCUGACACUGAUGAUUUAAUACUACUAGACUGAACAAGUUGUAAAAGCAAGCAAGAAGCGCCUUGAGCAUGCAGAUCAGCUCCAAAAAGGAAGCUGGGGGAGAGAGCAAGGAAUGAACCAAGAUACCAAACCCUUUCCUUUCCUUCCCUUCCCCAACCUUAACGACCAUCCCUUCCUCCUCCCCUGCUUUACCUUGAUGCCACUCCUCCAGUAUUAAUCCUAUCGAUCGAUUCUUCCCGCCCGCGGGCGCCAUGGACACCACAGAGAGAGAGCGGAGGAGUGGCCGCGCGGAGAUGCAGCCGGGCCAGAACCAGAAGCAGCAGCAGAUCUGGGGCCGGGACCAGGGCAAGAGCUCCGGGGUGGUGUGGGCGAUGGUGAUCCUGUGCACGCUGCUGGCCAUCGGCGUCAUCGUCACCGGCGCCACCGUGUUCGCCGUGUACCUGCUGUACAAGCCCAAGAUGCCGUACCUGCUGGUCUCCGACGCGCGGCUGGUGGCGCUGGAGUACGACCAGGCGGGCACCAUCCAGAACCUGGUGCUGUCGCUCACCAUCCAGGCCGAGAACUCCAACUCCAAGGCGGACGCGUCCUUCUCCCGCGUCAACCUCGCCGUGGGCUUCCACGGCGCCGAGGUGGCCGUGCUGCGCGCGAGUCCCUUCGUCGUCGCGCGCCGGAGCUCCGUGCCGCUGCGCUACCAGGUGGUGUCGGCGGGGCGGCCGCUGAGCCCCGACGGGAUGCGGUACAUGGACGGGGCGCUCAAGGCCGGGGUGGUGCCGCUCGACCUCUUCGGCAAGGCGCGCACCACGUGGAAGGUCGGAAUCUUCGUGUCGCUCCGGUUCUGGACGCGCAUCUCCUGCCGCUUCCUCUUCUUCUUCCCCGGCAACGGCACCGCCAUGCCCAUCGACUGCCGCUCAAGGUCGCCGUAGCCCGUGGCAUCACCCGGAUACAUUCAUUCGUUCAUUCCACAGUAGCCAUUGAUACGUCAAUACGCCAUAUCUGUACAGGCAAAUAAUAAUGCUGGUACGUAUACAAAUAAUCGUAUACUUAAUCCUCAAGGUGCGAACGAACACGAGUAAUCUGUAAUUCAUUUCUUCUUCCCAUUAAUUGGUUGUACUUAUCGACCUACUUACUGUACUCGGUCAAUUGAACUAGUUCGGUUAAAGGCCGUUCCUCGCAAUUUCCUUUUUACCUGCGAGCUGUAAAUCUGUGAUGAUAAGAUUAAAAA